CUGUGAUUAUCUGUUGGCGCUCAGUCCAAAACGACCGAUCAUACAAAUUGUGUAUAUAAAAACUUUAAGUGAGAUCGUUUCAAAAUUAACUUGUUGCUGUAUUAAUUAAACAAUUCAUUCUUUUUUUUUUGUCUUGCCAUAAAAAUUAUAAAGUUGGUAAAGUGCAUUCAAAAUUCCAUUAAGUGUUAAACGUAUUGUGCUGCAAAAAAAUAUAUAUAUAAACAAAUAAAUAUAAAAAAAAAAUAAAAUAAGAAAAACCAAAAAUGUCUGCUUCUGUAAUAAAAUUCAUUUUAAUGGCUUCUUUAACGGCUGGUGUUUAUUGUUCGUCAACUGAUCGUAAUCCAAAAAAAAGACAAAUCUAUAGGGAACAAGUAUUACCGCAUGCUGGAGGACGAAUACCAGAUACGGCUUUUGAGACUGAUCGUCUAUUUUUGAAUCAACUUCAAAAGGAUGGUAUAGCUGUGCCAGAUGGAAUAGUGCCAGAACAACGUAAUCCACAGGUCUAUCCUUUCUUUAAUCGACCUUCACGUAAAGUAUUUCGCAUUGCAUUGAGUUCUGAUGGUCGCUUUACACCAGAAGAAGGACGUUUUCACAAUCAAGAACUGCCAUCGAUUGAGACCACAUAUUUGUAUCCCCAAAUUCAUGGUCAUAGAGGUACACUAGAACCUCAAACUAUAGAAUUGCCAGUUUAUAAUCCAUUUAGGAUACAUAAUCCUCUACUGAAUCAAGUUAAAUUCCAACCAAAAGAUAAAGUUCAAUUUCGUAAUGUUAACCCUGGAUUUAGUAGCGGCAAAUCAAUUGGCAAUCCCAAAUCAUAUCAAAAUGUUCAAUUAUUAAAUACGCCCUUGUCUUCAACAUUCACUUCAAAAACCUCCAGUUAUGGAAAACAUUAUUUACCCAAUUAUAGUACGACGAGUUCUUCACAUCUUUUCAAUGAAUUCGAUGAAUUAUUUAACCAAUUUGAAAUCUACGAUGGUGAAAUUAAGAAAACAAAUGCAUUUACAAAUGAUCAUACUCAUCAUCACCUGUUGCUUAUUAUUGUUUUUUCUUUGGUAUUAUCAUCAAUAACCCAGAAAAUAAUAAUGAUGAGGCAUUUGUCGCAACAACGUUUCCUGAUCACAAUUUGUCUUUCAUUUUGUUUGAUGGCUUAUGCCGUUUUCGCCAUAGAAGUUCAGACCUAUGGCCAUCUAUUCCAUCCACCAACAGAAGAACAUCAUCAUAAGCAAGAAAAACAAGAUUUGAAUAAAAUACCCGGUGUUCCCGGUGUAGACUAUCCUGUUUAUCAUGAAGUACCACACACUUCAUUCUCAUGUGCUCAUGUACCGGCCACACCUGGAAUGUAUGCUAAUGUCGAGACUGGAUGUCAAGCCUAUCAUGUCUGUCACGAUGGUCGUGAGGGACAUCAAGGCGCAUCAUUUUUGUGUACCAAUGGUACUAUUUUCAAUCAAAAGGAAUUCGCUUGUGAUUGGUGGUACAAUGUAAAGUGUGAGGAGGCAGUUAAUUAUUAUCAUUUAAACGCUGAUCCAGAACACAAUCCUUACACUCCCAAAAAAAAGAUCGUAGAAGAACAACAUUUGGAUCAUCAUGCCCACACCGAUGCCCAUGGAUUUUUGAUUCAUGCCUAAAUUAUUGUAUAACGAUGAAAUUUUAAAGUUUUUUUGUUUGUGUCGUUUAUAUUCAUGUUAUCGAAUCAUUUAUAUUUAAAUCAUUUCAUCAUUUUAUUUGUUGUAAAUAUGUAAAAAGAGUGGUAAUAAAAAAAUAAUA